ACACUUGAAUUUGGACGUCUGUAAUGGCGAGAUAACAUGUUACGAGAGAGAAAACUCGUCGCUGGGGGAGUAAUAACUGUUAUUGCUUUCCACUUGCUUUCUCUCUUGGAGUAAAAGAAGCGAUACGCUCAAUACACAUGGAAUAAUUCGACAGAUCAGUAGGUCUUUGUAAUCUCUGUGUCAGUGAAGUCAUUGACUGAACUGCAUGUAUAGUUGCGGGAAGUUUUGACUCAAAAAUGGAUCAAAAUUACUUGGCUCAUUUUCUUCCCAUAGUGUGCAGUUACAACUAUCGUCAGUAAUCUGUAUACCAUGCUUCGUUUCACAUUAAGACCAACAAUGGCUAAGACCAAGCAUUUGUCCUGUAUGAAAUUGUCAUCUUGAAGACACGUUUCUCUGUACCUAACGUUACUGUGUCUGCAAAUGAAAUACAAGUUGCAAUGCCUUCUGAUGCCACAAAUGGCGAAAUAGAUUCAUUACGCCCAGAAGUUCAUCUUGAGCCAUCUACGAUUGCUAUUUUUCUCUGGAGAGAGUGAUGUAGAGGUCUGCGGAUUGCGCGCAGCCUAACGGUGCAUUAACGCACGCUCGCCAGUCAGCCUAUCUGGAAUGCUGACAAUUCGCUUUGUCAGUAGACCCACGUCUGGCCGCACUGCGACGCAGAGGAUAUCAUGGGGAAAGCUGAUGACUAUAAUACAGAUGCAGAAGCCUCUUGUGGAUGACUAUAUCUCUCAAAGAAGAAAGGUACAACCUAUACAGGAAGUCAACAUAGGGGACAGUGUUAACCCUUUUAGGGCUGAAAUUGUGAAGUUAAUUCAUGCUUUGCAGCUUACUGGCCGCUUUACGAAUACUAAUACUGCACCACAGGAAAUUACUAGGGAAAUUAAUAGAGUAAUAGAUCCAUACAAAGUAAGCUUAUAUGAUAAUGAUCAUCAGACAGGACGUGAAAUUACAGUAAGUAAAAAAUCUAGAAAUACCAAAUGGGGUGUGAAAAAUUUUGGAAUGGCAAGCAAAAUGCAUGAAGUUUCUGAAGAAAGUCAUCUCCUCAACACUUACAAUGAUGCAGGUGGAGGACAGAACAGUGGUCCAUUUUCAUUUACUUUCAAUGUCCACAGUGAAGGAAUAACGAAAGGCCACCAAAGUGAACAGCUAAAUGAGCUAAAUAUAGACACUGCAACUUACAGAAAUGAUUAUAAUUCAUAUUUAAUAGCACGGUAUGAAAGUGAAUAUGGUGAUGUAAACCUCUUAAGCACAAAGAAUGGUGAAUUCAGUAAGUUACAUGAUAAUGAUGAAGAAGAAGCAGCUCAGUAUGUCGAACAUGAUAUGCAUGUAGUGAAGAAAAACAGCUCUGAUCACCUGUGUACAUUCUCCAAAAAUAAAAGUGAAAAUAGAGGUACCUCUAGCAGUUUGUGUGAUAAUACUAAUCAGAAGUUGCAAACAUGCAAGUCAAAAGGCAAUGGCAUUCACUGUGAUGAACAAACCUCAAGCCAGAUUGUUAAAAAGGUGUCACAGCAUUACCACCCAGAAACAUGUGGAAAGUGGGAGGAAAAGCCCUUAGGAGCUAAUUUAUACCCUACUUAUUCGGUUAUCUGUGCAGAUAGCUCUUCUGAACAUUUAGCCUGGAUGUCACAUAAAAAUGAAAGAGAUUAUACCUACAACAAAAUGCAAGAAAGGCCAGUGGCAGAUGAACAAAAGGAGCCUCUCAGUGAGGUAACAGAUUCUGAAAGUGUUUGUGAGCUGUACAGAAUGAAAGAAAAAUCAUAUAACAACAACUCAGUGGAUUCGGCAUUAAAAGGUAAUAGUCCUAAUAAUAAAAUACUUGUGACUGAUGAUCAGCUUCACUUGCACCCAGUAGCAGGUUCACCAUCACAAUUUAUAAAUUUAGAACAUGUUAUGGAUGAAAGAACAUAUGUGACUAGAGGCAGUUCCAAGAAAUAUUCUUCACUCUCUGGAAAUACUGCAGAGUAUCACUUUCAAAAUUUCAUUCAGCCAGAAGAUGAGAAUAACAUCCAGAUGCUGCUUGAGCAUAAUCUCUCUUCUGGCUGCAAAUCUACACAUUAUAAAAGUAUUCAUGAGGUAAAUGCAGUACCAGACUGUAUAUUAGAGGAUACACUUGGCGAUCAAAGCAGACAACAGAUCCAAGAAAACAUUGUGGAUAAAAAUGAGGAAACUGAAACUAGUGUAUUGGAACAUAGAUACCAAAUAAUGAGCAGUUCAAGUGACAGUUUGAAUGAUAAGAAGGAAACUGUAUCUGGGAGAAAACCAGUUUUGCAGACAUUUCAUCAAGUUAAUGACAUUCAACAACAUUUGAAUAAUGCAACUAGUUGUAAUAAUACUGCUGUUAGUAACAGCAUCAGUACAUCAUAUGUCAAUAGAGCUGCUGCUGAAUAUCAAAACAAAAACUCAAGUAAUACAUUUUCCAAUAAGAAGGUAUACUGGAGCUCUGUGGGACUAAUCAUUGAAGACCUGAUUGAUUCAAAUAUUCUGCCUGUAGCAGGACAGUCUGAUAUGACAUUGACCGAACCACAAGAUUCAAAAGCUGACAAAAAGUCUUUUACUCUAUAUGAUGAUAAAAAUACAAGAGAUCAAAUUAUAGACAUUGGAAACACCAACAGCUCCACAUCAUACAUAACUGAUGGGACUGAGGAUACUUCUUUCAUAACUGAACCCGAUGUAAAGUGUUCCACAGAUCUAUUAGGAAAAGGCAGGUCGCCCUCUGGAAAAUUACUUUCAGAGGGUACUUCUGAUAAAAGUAAAAAAACAACAAAUUCACAACCAAAAAGAUCAUUUUUUAAAUCACUGCAACGACUCUUUCGUUUUUCACGAAAACAUUAAUUUGUUUGUAUGCCCAAAGGAAAGACAUAUAAAACAAAAAGAGUGUAAAUGGAAAUCCAAAUCAAUUAAAUACUUAAAAUAUUUCUUAAAGUUUCUGAAUGACAAAUAUACUGGUUUCACCACAGACAAA